AUGACCGGCUCGAACGAGUUCAAGCUGAACCAGCCGCCCGAGGACGGCAUCUCGUCGGUGAAGUUCAGCCCCAACACGUCGCAGUUCCUGCUGGUGUCGUCCUGGGACACGUCGGUGCGGCUCUACGACGUGCCGGCCAACUCGCUGCGGCUCAAGUACCAGCACUCGGGCGCCGUCCUGGACUGCGCCUUCUACGACCCAACACAUGCCUGGAGCGGGGGAUUAGAUAAUCAGUUGAAAAUGCACGACCUGAACACUGAUCAAGAAAACCUCGUUGGAACUCAUGAUGCCCCUAUCAGAUGUGUUGAAUACUGCCCAGAAGUCAACGUGAUGGUUACUGGGAGCUGGGAUCAGACCGUGAAGUUGUGGGACCCCAGGACUCCUUGUAAUGCUGGCACCUUCUCUCAGCCUGAAAAGGUGUACACCCUCUCGGUCUCCGGAGACAGGCUGAUCGUGGGCACGGCGGGCCGCAGGGUGCUGGUGUGGGACCUGCGCAACAUGGGCUACGUGCAGCAGCGCCGCGAGUCCAGCCUCAAGUACCAGACGCGCUGCAUCCGGGCCUUUCCCAACAAGCAGGGCUAUGUGCUGAGCUCUAUCGAAGGCCGCGUGGCGGUGGAGUACUUGGACCCGAGCCCCGAGGUGCAGAAGAAGAAGUAUGCCUUCAAGUGUCACCGGCUGAAAGAGAACAACAUUGAGCACAUCUACCCGGUCAAUGCCAUUUCCUUCCACAACAUCCACAACACAUUUGCCACAGGUGGUUCUGAUGGAUUUGUAAAUAUUUGGGAUCCGUUUAACAAAAAGCGACUGUGCCAGUUCCAUCGGUACCCCACCAGCAUCGCGUCCCUGGCCUUCAGCAACGACGGGACGACGCUGGCAAUAGCAUCAUCAUAUAUGUAUGAAAUGGACGACACGGAGCAUCCCGAAGAUGGUAUCUUCAUUCGCCAAGUGACAGAUGCAGAAACAAAACCCAAGUCCACCUAACCGUCUGCGCAAGCGGCUUCCCUGCGGAAAGCUUGGCUUUCCUCCCCGGGCGCACUGCGGUUCCCCCCCGCCCCCCGCCAGGGGUGUGCUCUGUCCGACGCCGCUCGCCUGCGCUCGGGCCUGGGCGGGGAGUCCCGUCCGGGGCAGUGGUCGGUCGGAAGGACCGUCUCUCUCCACAGGCCCUGGCGCUUGUCCUGAGCAGCUUGAGCUCUUUUUAUCCGAUCACCUGACCCUGUCCCGCUGUCUAAUAAAGCCGAGACGCAGAC